AAAGAAGAAAAAGGAAGAAAAGAAACGCUUCCCAAUCCCAUCUUCCGCCAACAAAUAUUUUCUUCUUCUUCUCUCUUUCUCCUGAUUAUCAACUCUAAUACGGGUUCUGAUUUUUCCAUGAACAACACUUCGACUCUCAUCGAAGCUUCCCUCUUAUCCAUGAAAAGAAGGUUUCCUCUUUGACGCUUUCAGAGUUUCAUACAGACACAGAGAUCGACCAUGGGUCAGGCCUUUCGCAAGCUCUUCGAUGCUUUCUUCGGCAACACCGAGAUGAGGGUUGUGAUGCUUGGUUUGGAUGCUGCGGGUAAGACAACCAUAUUAUACAAACUGCACAUUGGAGAAGUUUUAUCAACUGUCCCAACAAUAGGUUUCAAUGUAGAGAAAGUUCAGUAUAAGAAUGUGAUUUUCACAGUGUGGGACGUAGGUGGACAGGAGAAACUUAGGCCACUAUGGAGGCAUUACUUUAAUAACACAGAUGGACUGAUCUAUGUUGUUGAUUCAUUGGACAGGGAAAGAAUUGGAAAAGCAAAGUUAGAGUUUCAGGCUAUCAUCAGUGAUCCCUUCAUGUUGAACAGCGUCAUCUUGGUUUUCGCAAAUAAACAGGACAUGAAAGGAGCAAUGACCCCUAUGGAGGUGUGCGAAGGGUUGGGACUCUAUGAUAUCAAGAACAGAAGAUGGCAUAUCCAGGGAACUUGUGCUCUCAGAGGAGAUGGCCUUUACGAGGGUUUGGACUGGUUAGCUGGAACACUCAAGGAAUUAAAAGCCAGUGGACGCUCCACUUCAGUGGGCACCUCUUCUUUCUAAACCACCCAGGUUCAUCUCAAGUUCAAGUUGUUUUGCCUUAAGAUGACUGGGUAACAGGAGUUUCAACCAAGUCGUACCAGAAAAUUGCAGGACUUAAUUUUGUAAUUGCGUUCAAAGCUAAAGUUCUAUUAUUACACUCCUGGCUUUCUGAUAUUGUCAAAGCUAUGUUGUUAUUUUAUGACAUAGAAACAUCAGCAUAUGCAGCCAAAAAAAAAAAAUUCAAGAUGUGGGGCCUACAAAUUUGUGAAGUUUAAUUGAACUUUGUUGAACUUAUGCCUGGAGUGUUGCCUGUAAUACUUCCUGUAUACUACUGGGGAAUGGAUGAGAAUGUUAAUAUGGUUCCUUUGUCCUUUGCCUGGC